AUGACCAAAAUCGGAGUCUUCCCAGCCUCAGGCGGCCUUGGAUCAAGCAUAGUGGAGCAUCUCCAAAGUCUCAUCCCAGCAUCAGAUCUCAUCCUCAUCGCACGAAACCCUUCCAAACUAUCUCAAGCCAAGGAAGCAGGCGCAACAAUCCGUCAAGCAGACUACGAUGAUCCCUCCAGUCUUGCAAACGCCUUCGAUGGCAUUGAAAUCUUGAUGCUAAUUUCAUACGCAUCUUUCGAGAUCGAUCAUCGCGUACAAGCCCACCGCCACGCAAUCGACACAGCCAUCAAAAGCGGCGUAACCCACAUCUUCUACUCAUCCCUCGCCUUCGCCGGAACAACAGACAAAAGCAUCGCACACGUCAUGGGCGCACAUCUCGCAACAGAGAAAUACCUCUCUACCAAGCCCGAGAUCACACACACCAUCAUCCGCGAAGGCAUAUACAGCGAGUCCUUCCCGAUCUACACAGCCUGGUUCGAUCCGCAGAGCACAAGCCCCGGAUCCAGGCACGAAAUCACCAUUCCGCAUUCCGGGCAUGGCCCAGGCGUUGCGUGGGUCAAGCGUGACGAGCUAGGCGAGGCGAGCGCGAAGCUCGUCGCUUCGUAUGCGCAGGACCCGGCUGCGUUCAUGUACCGGAAUCAGAUGGUCUUGUUGUCGGGCCAAAGGGUUAUUUCACUCGCUGAGACUGUUGAGAUUCUGGGGCGUGCUACCGGGACAGAUUUGACCAUUCGGGAGAUUUCUGUUGAGGAGUAUGCGGCGCUUGAGCAUGCGGGUAGGCAUACGUAUCAUGGGGUGGAUUUGUCUAGGGAGUGGGCCUCGGCUUGGGGGGCUAUUCGGGCGGGCGAGACGGCGGCUGUGUCUUCUGCUAUUGUUGAGAUUCUGGGGCGCGAACCUGAGCGGUAUGAGGAUACUAUUCAAGCUCUUAUUGGAUCAUCAGGUUCUAGUAGAUAG